AUGUACGGCAAGACUGAUGUCAAUACCGUUGAAUUUAGUCGGCGUACUAUUGAGGCUAUGCAACCGAACACGAGCCCGAUCGUCGCGCGAGACAUUGUCAUGGAUGUAGGGCAUGCACAGACAGAGGAUGUCGAUGUCGACGAAAGUAUAUUCGUUGUUCAUCAUCAUGCGUAUACAGCGAGUCUGGGCCAUACAGAUCUCAUUACCCGGCUCAAUGUUGGAAUUGACUUGCAGAUGCUGGUCGAUCUAAACGCAUUUGAGGGGACAAGUGAUCAAUACGUUGCUGUGUUCGAGAAGGUGGAUUCGAGGUUCGGUCUCGGGCCAUAUAUCCAGACCGUGAGAAUCGCGCCCGCUGAGAUGAAACGGUUUCGAAGGAGUGAACUGGAUUCUCACAGUUACAUGUCCUGUUACUACACCAGCUUGAAGCCAGCCGGUGCGAGACGUGUGAGAACCGCUGUAGUUAGCAGAAUCACUAAAGUCAAAGAUAGGGAUGUUGAAGACAUGAGCAUUGCUGGCCGAGAGGAAUCAAAGCGUUGGCCGGGCAAUAAUGCGGGACGUGUUCUCUGA